AAAAACUCCUCAGGACCGGUGCUUAGUCUCUCUCUCUCCCUCUCCCUGCGUGGGCGUUCCUUUCUCGCCGCCGACAUCGCAACGGUUCGCCGGAGCGUCUCCACGGCGCCGAUUCGGACCCCGCUCCUGCGAGCCCUCUCGCUCUCAUUGGCAAUUUGAUCUCUGCUUGCUUCGUCGUGGAACUCCCGAGCUCUCGCGCUCGUUUUGACUUUCGGUUUCUCGUUGCUCUGGUUCGCUCCGUUGCGUUCUCUCGAAACUGUAAUCGGAGGUAGGUCUACAACAUGAUUGGAUCCUUUCUUACCAGAGGACUGGUAUUGGUCUUUGGCUAUGCCUAUCCAGCGUAUGAGUGCUACAAGACUGUUGAAAAGAAUAGGCCUGAGAUCGAGCAACUUCGCUUUUGGUGCCAAUACUGGAUUUUAGUAGCUGUUUUGACAGUUUGCGAGAGAAUCGGGGAUACUUUUGUCUCAUGGGUUCCUAUGUACAGUGAAGCCAAGCUGGCGUUCUUUAUAUAUCUCUGGUAUCCUAAAACGAUGGGAACGACCUAUGUCUAUGAUUCAUUCUUCAGACCUUAUGUUGCAAAGCAUGAGAAUGACAUUGAUCGCAACUUGUUAGAACUGAGGACUCGAGCUGGAGACUUUGCAGUUAUGUACUGGCAAAGAGCUGCGAGCUAUGGUCAGACGAGAGUUUUUGAUAUUUUGCAGUAUAUAGCUUCCCAGUCAACGCCAGUGCCACGCCCUGCCCAGCCACCACAGCAAGGCAAUAGAGGUCGCCCAGCGCGUUCUGCUGCAAAUUGCAAACCCACUCCCAAAGUUCAGGUUGAGAACGAGGAGCCGCCAUCUCCUACUUCAAGUACAUCAUCGAUGCAGGAGCAAAAGGAUGUGGCAGAAGUGGCAGGUCCUUUGAAUGUGCCCAAAGCAGCUCCUUCGCCGUCGGCUCCACCAGCUCCUAAGACAGCCAGUGUUUCGGAAGAUGCCACCCAACCAGCAACUGGUGAAGCUGCAGCUAAACAGAUUGAAGCCCAGCCAUCCACCUCGACUGAAAACGGCAAUCCUCCCCCGAAAGAAACGGUGAUGGAAGAGACGCUCCGCCGAACAGGUACCAGACUGAGGAAAACCCGUUCUGCUCCAGGCAGAAAGGAAACGGAUUCGGAGACUUCUUGAUGGUUGGGCUUGCGAAGGUAGAAUUUAGUUGGUUGGUGGACCAGAACUGGUUUUGGAACCAAUGAUAAUGAUGAUGUUGAUGUAAAUUUGUUGUCCUGUGGCUCUCAUUCUUUACAUUGCCUUUGUUUUUGGACAUCCCUCACUGAUAAAAGUAAAAGGGCCUGUUCG